AUGUCUGUUUACUAUCGUUUUGUUCAUGAGCGAUUGGAUAGCUAUCGUUCAUUGGAGCUUAAUGUAAAUUCAAUAAAAACUAGCGAUUUGAAAGUGCUAGUAGCUGAACAUGCAGGUCUAGGAAAAGAGUAUACUCGUUUAUUUGACUUGCGUGUAUAUGACACGGAGGAGAAGGAAGUAUAUCCUGAUGAGAAAUUAAUACCGGUUUAUUCCAGAGUAGUCAUACAACGAAUUCCAUGGCGUGAAUUGAAGGAAAUCCAUCAUGAAGCCCAACGUUCAAUUAAUAUUGCAGAAGAUCAAGAAGAUGAAUUAGAGUCGAAGUUGACAUUACCGUCAGAGUAUAUAUGUAAAUUAUGCAAUUGUCCUCUGAUUAAUCCUGUAUUGAUCAAAUGCGCAGGGAGUUGCGGUACUUCUGCCUGCAGAGAUUGUGUUCAACGCUACUUAGAGAAGAAUAAAAAUGUUGCCGUAAAGGCAUGCCCAGCUUGUAAUCAGAGAUUUAGAGGCAGUGUACCUAAUAAAAGCCUAGCGAAUAUUUUAGCAACAAUAGAUUGGGAUCAAUUUAUUUUUCCUAUACGCAAUAAAUCAGAUAUAGAGAGAAAUGAACUGAACAGUAAUUUAGAAAAUAAUGCUAAUCCAAAAAGUGAUGAUACAAGUUCUGUUAAACAACAUGAAGUUGUUACUUUAUUUAAUUCACAAGAUACAGAUAAACCCAAAACUGUAGAGAUAGAGCCAAAUCCCCAUGUCAUUACUCAAAGUACUGAUAUCAAACACAAUCUUACACAUAUUAAUGCAACAACUGAAGUAGAUGCAACCUAUAUUGAAGAUUCUGUGCAAAAUAUUGCACCUAGUGAUAACCCAGACUUUAGAAGUGCAGAAAGUAUUCCAAUUGGUAUUUCUAGUAUGCAAGAUCAAGUUUUGGAGUCAACAAUAAAAAGUGGGCUUAUAAAAUCUCACGGUAUUAAAACACAGAGUAUUAUUCCUCAGUCCCAUAAUAGAAUGGGUAUUUCAACUACAAUUAGUCAUGCUAUUCAUCAACAGUAUAUAGAUGCAUGGGGCCCUUCUGGUACAAGCUUUCCAUAUGGUACUGAUCCUAAUGGUGCUUAUGUACCGACUUAUCCAAACACAUUUCCUCAUACAUUUCCUUAUGGAAUUCAUCAUGUUAUGACUCAAUCUGCAUAUCCAUAUCCUACUCAUACAGCACACUAUCAAUCACCAAGUGAGAUCAUAUUUCCAGUUUGUAAUCCUUAUCUUACGGAAAAACAGAAAAUACAAAUAUCAAUGUCAUUUCCAUUACUAUCAAAAGAAACAUUUUUGUUAAUUCGGCAGGCUCAGCAACGUAUUAAAGAAAUAUGGAAUUUGUUACCUAAACCUAUUAGGUGUUCUUUACUUAAAGAAUCCGACAUCACUGGGAGCUUAUCAGAUAAAAAGAUAAAACUACAAAGGAAGCGUAAAGAUUACACUACUAAAAAUUCUACACUCAAGAAGAGAUUUACCGUAGAUUGUUAG